UAACGCUUCAUCUACUUAUCAGUGAGCAUAGUGAUGAGUUCAGUGUGUGUGUGUGUGUGUGUGUGUUUGUGUGUGUACAGGUGUGUGUUUUCCCACCAUGCACCAUAUUUCCCUCUCUGUGAGUGAUAUGUGGCACCCACUCUCUCUCAGAAUGUCUGUUCUUCUUUUCUCCGUGUUAAUCCUACUAGCUACAGGAUCAGAGGGAUCUUCUGAAACUUACAGGAAGCCCUACUGCAGUGAAAUGGCAGAAAUCAUGGCGUGUCCUAUGAACCUGGCUCCAGUGUGUGGCACAGAUCAAAUCACUUAUGCCAACGAGUGCGCCCUGUGUGUGCAGAGACUGAAAAGCAAGACGGCUAUCUUAAUCGCCAAAGAUGGCAGCUGCUAAUUUCCUUUAACGAUGCAGCGUUGCUACAAAAAAAAACAAACGAAUCUCAUUAAAGCAUUGAAAUGGU